CCUAAGUUCAACCCUUGGUCGGCUUGCCCGAUCACCUUUGAUCACAGGGAUCACCUAACAAGUAUCCGGCAUGGAGGACUGGCUGCGUUGGUGCUAGACCCAAUAACCAACGGAUACCAUCUCACCCGAGUCCUCAUGGACGGCGGCAGUAGUCUUAAUCUGAUAUAUCAGGACACAGUCCGCAAAAUGGGGAUAGACCCAAUGAGAAUUAGCCAAAGCAAUACUACCUUUAAAGGAGUAAUACCAGGCCCAGAGGCCAGCUGCACGGGCUCUCUCUUACUAGAGUUUGUAUUCGGUUCCCCCGACAACAUCCGAAGUGAAAAGUUAACCUUCGACAUCACUCCAUUCCGAAGCGGCUAUCAAGCACUACUCGGACGAACGGCCUUUGCUCAUUUUAAUGCAGUACCGCAUUAUGCUUAUCUUAAGCUUAAGAUGCCCGGUCCACGUGGCAUCAUCUCAGUUAGCGGAAAGUCAAGACCGCGGACACGGCUAGACGAG